AUGAGGUCCCGAGGCGUUGGUGGCGGGCCCUGGACCUCCGAGCUCCAGGCUUGCGUUUGCCCUCAGCCCUUCGAGGUGCCAGAGAGGGCUUUUCCUACUCCAUGCGCUGCCAUCAUCCCUGCCGUGGGGGUCUGGGUGCUGCCUGCCGGUGGGGAGCUGGCCGGGUGGCACAGGCAUGCGGAGUGGAGCUGGCCGUUUACUGGUUGCCCACCGCCUGCCUCUUCGUCUCUCCACAGAUUUUGCCUUCCCCUCGUGCUGGCUUCCCUCCCUACCAUGGCUACUGGUGAACAGAUCCCCGCUGCCCUGCAGGAUGCGUGGGGGGACUUCUGGCUCUUCCGUUUCUUUGUUAAUGCUGCUGGCUACGCAAGUAUCGUGGUGCCGGGAUUCCUCCUCAUCCAGUACUUCAAGAGAAGGAAUUACCUGGAGACAGGCCGAGGCAUUUGCUUCCCUGUCAUCAAAUCAUGCGUGUUUGGCUCUGAGGUGAAGUCUGUACACCAGGAGGAUGGCUCCCUGCCACCCCGAGUGGAGCCCCCAGAGUCCUCUACAGCCCGACAGGUCUUCAAGCUGCUCUUCUGUGCUGCUGGUCUACAGGCCUCCUAUCUCACGUGGGGCGUCCUCCAGGAGCGUGUGAUGACAAGAACAUACGGUGCCACCGAAACGGACCCUGGUGAGAAGUUCAAGGACUCCCAGUUCCUAGUGUUCAUGAACCGCAUCCUGGCCUUCACGGUGGCUGGUCUGUACUGCGCCCUGACCAAGCAGCCGCGCCACGGGGCUCCUAUGUACAAAUACUCCUUCGCCUCCCUCUCCAACAUCCUCAGCAGCUGGUGCCAGUAUGAGGCGCUCAAAUACAUCAGCUUCCCCACCCAAGUGCUGGCUAAGGCCUCCAAAGUGAUCCCAGUGAUGAUGAUGGGCAAACUGGUGUCACGCAAGAGUUAUGAGUACUGGGAGUACCUGACUGCUGCCCUCAUCUCUGUGGGGGUCAGCAUGUUCCUGCUCUCCAGUGCUCCCAACAGGCACGUGUCCACUGUCACCACUUUCUCAGGCAUAGUCCUCCUGGCUGGCUACAUAAUCUUUGACAGCUUCACCUCCAACUGGCAGGACGCCCUCUUCACCUACAAGAUGUCUCCCGUGCAGAUGAUGUUUGGCGUCAAUGUCUUCUCCUGCCUUUUCACGGUGGGCUCGCUCUUGGAGCAGGGUGCCUUGCUGGAAUCGUUACGCUUCAUGGCCCGCCACUCGGAGUUCAUGGCCCACGCCGUGCUGCUUUCCGUGUGCUCCGCCUGCGGCCAGCUCUUCAUCUUCUACACCAUCAACCAGUUCGGGGCAGCUGUCUUCACCAUCAUCAUGACACUCCGCCAGGCCUUUGCCAUCCUCCUCUCCUGCCUCAUCUACGGGCACACUGUCACUGUCGUGGGUGGGCUGGGUGUAGCCGUUGUCUUCGUGGCCCUCUUCCUCCGUGUCUACGCCCGCAGCCGCAUGAAGAAGCGCAGUAAGAAGCUCCCGCCAGGCGAGACCCCUGUACAAAAGGUCUAAGGAGCUGGGGCCAUGGCAUUUAAGCCAUGCCUGCUGUCCUGCCUCCGCUUGGGGGCACUUGCUUGAUUUCUCAGAACCCACCGAGAAGCAGAGUGGGGUACGGAUAGGCUGGACCAGUGACUCACUUUUCCACCUGCUUUUCCUGGGGAAGGGGCUGGAACAAGCCCAGGGAAUGCUCUGGGUUGCCACAGCUCCAAACCUCUCUAUUUGCCUUAAUAGGUCAAAGACUUCCAGCCAAGGCACGGGCCUGGGGGCUCACAUCCUGGGGGCAAACCAGCGUGGGGCUGCUGGUACUCCCGCCCCACCUCUGUCCUGUGGCUUCUCUCCAAAGUCACUGAUGAACAAGGGAGCUCUUUUCCCUGGCACCGUCUUGCCUCUUGGCUAAUGCUUGUCCAUUUCUGUCACUACUACACAGCUCAGCAGAAGGGCAAGCAAAACACUAGCUUUCUCUUUGAAAUACCUCCAUGUGAGGCAAGUCCCAAG